GCCUUGUUGCAGGGUCUCAAUUCCAACACAAAGGGCCUUCGUGAAGCCUGCCAGACUGCAGAUAUCCGUGGAAAACGAAAUGGAAUGCGUUUGAACCAGGAGGAACUCCGGGAACUCGUCAAGACAAAGCUUUUGAAUUUGUUGCCACCCGUGAAGUUUCAAGCGUUGCUCCAAUAUGCAUCGUUGGAGACGCACGUUGAGCUUCGUUCCUUUGGUGACGUCUUUGUGGCAGCGCAGGAAGCUGGAAGGAUCAAAGAACUCUUGCUUGUUUUGGGGCCUGGUGAGACCAGCCAAUCAAGAUGCAGGGCUGUUUUCCGUGAUUGGGGCGUGGCGCGGCGCGUUGCCGGUAGAGGUACCGAGCGCUCGGUCGAUGCAGCAAAGUCAGAACUGAUGGGUGUAUGUAUACGUUUUUUGAAAGAAUGCGAACACACUCCCGAUGGGCGUGCUGCAUCCUUGUCUGGGCCACCCGACCGGGGGCCAACCAGUCUCGCGGAGGCCGUGGCGUUGCUGCAGUGCAAUCGUGCUGUGCCUCUCAAGCGCGCAGUGGGCAAGAGACAGGCUUUGUCUGUGGCGCCUGUCGAGCUCAGCCAAUUGUUGGAAGGGUUGCACAGUGGGACAGUGACGAAGAAAGAGCAGGUUCCUUCUAUGUUAGUGGCCGGUUGCAAGGCACACAGGAAGCAUGCUGGUCGGGUUGUCCGCCCGGAGCCGGAGUUUGCCACGCGAGAGGCACACCGAGGAGCUGUGGAGCGUUUCCGAAGCCAUUUGCAGCUUGAUCCGCAAUGUUGGAGUGCCUGUGCAGUGGUGAACAUGCGGACUCCCCAGAGUCUGGAUGCCUUUGUGUGCACUUUGAAGGAUCCCUUACACAGAACAGCCACGCCCUUUGCGAAAGACUUUCGCGAUGUGCACAUCCCGUCCAACUGGGAUGGACAGCACGUGCUUCGACGCAUGGCAGCCAUGGAGUUGCAGAAUGCAUCUGCGGUUGCGCGGCGAGAGGCAUUGCCACUUUUGGAUGGACCUUUGGUGGCGGAGAUCAUGGCGCUGCGAGGUGACGUAGAUGGCCGCAAACCAGUGGAGAGUUUUGAUUUGUUGGUCGCAGCUUUGAAAGAUGCGCAAUGCAGCAUGCCUGACCAACCGGCCUGGUUUCAGAGUGCCUGGGGUGUGAAAGAGCCGGAGCAACUACAUGCCCUUGCGCAAGACUUUGAUACAUUUCUGACGAAGCAUGACCUUCGGGAUCUGUGGACGGAGGCAUCUUUGGGUACUGCUAUGGUGUGGGUGGGCUGGUUUGGCAUAUUGCAGCAUCGGGAUCAAAGAAAGGCAAAGGUAGAGGAAUGGGUCUCGGAAAGCCGUGGUCUGUUCAAAAGUCCGCCUGCCCAGUAUGUAUUGUCAACUCGAAUGGAUACCUAUGCUUUCCCACCGUUUUUCAAAACCGAUGCAGAGUCCAUGUAUGGUGUGGCAGGUGGAGCAGAGUUGCCAAAAGGGUUGUUGCCUAUUUUGACAGCUCCUCGAGUGUGUGAACUGUGUGGAGAUGGAUUUGUGAAUUGGACAGAUCUGUCUGCGCAUGUGGACCAGGCGCAUGUGAACUGGGCAGAGUACCGUAAGCGCGUCUUUUGGCAUGCGCAGCAUGAGGAAGCUGCUCCUUGUCAUGGUUUGCCCAUGUCUUGGGCCCGCAAAAGACGCAUCCUUGGAAACGCAACCGCCCAACUGGUCAGCGUAGCCAGCCAACCGUUAGGGGAUGAGUCUGUUUCAGCAGCAGUGAGAACUGCAGAGCCUCGAGCCCCCGAGCGCGAACCUCGUGCCAUGGUGGGAUGCGCUGUGUGCGCAACGAAGGAAUGGACCGAGCGGAUGCGCCGGUGCUACAUGUUUCGCACUUUGCCUUUGGGGAAAGAGGUGCGGGAGGAGAUGGACGAGGAGGAAGCAGCUGAGGCUCAAGCUGGUUCGGCAGAUGAGCAGGCGGGUCGUCGGCGGAGCAACUUGCUUCGAGAUAAGCACGGUCUGUAUUAUUUUGGACCAGCCGAAGAAAUUCAACAGCUUUUGGGAGUGGACAAAUACGCAGAGCGGUGGCCGAAGAUUCCAGUUGCCGAACUACACGCAAGUUCGGUGCAACAUCCGGAUCGCCCUGGCUACCGGUGGCUGUUGCACACACGCAGGGUACCUUUGCGGAAAAAGGCAGAGUCUGCGGUUGCGCGCGCAGAGGCUAGCGUCGCGGAUGCGCACGCGGAAGGUGAAGCUGCGGUUGCGCGCGAGGCUGGUUCCCGGGAUACAGCUGUGGAAGGGCAUCCGCCUUGCGCUGGCAUCGGGGACAGUAACGGCACGGUGUUCCUUUGUCGGUGGUGUUGUCACAGCUUGUGUCACCGGAAACCCACGCUUCCCAAGCGAGCGCUUGCCAAUGACCUGUGGGGAGGCCGCGAGCAUCCGCUUUACCAGAAGCUUCGGGACUUGCCGGCUGCACGGAUGCUUCUUGGACAAGCUCGGGUACUUUACAGGAAGGUGGUGUUGAACCACAAGCAUGGAAGAGAUGCGUGUGAGUUGCAACAUGGCUUGCAAGGCAAUACCACUUUCAUAGCGCAGCCGCGAACUUCAGCCGUGGGGAAGUCCUUGCCGCCUUGCAUGGAGGACGUGGGUCAACACUUGCAGGUUAUUUUUUCUGUAUCCCGCACCGACGUAGCCAGAGCGAAACCACUGUUGGUGCCACGUUCCCUUUACCUCGAAUGCGCUCGUCUUCGACAACAGCUUUGUCCGUUGUUUCAUGAGGUGGAAAUCGAUGUAGCACGAGCACAGGUUGACCUGAAGGAGGAUGAGGCGCCCCCGGGAAUUGUAUCUGCUGCUGUGCGCAUGGAGGAAGCCAACAUGUUUCGACCGAAUUUGACAGGUCCGGCUAGCUCGCGAGCAGCGGACACGGCAGCGAGGUCGCGGGAAGAUGAAAUUGUAGAAGCUGACUUGUUGGAUGAAGAGCCGGAAAAGUUGGAUGCAGAGGCAGAGGGUGAAGAGUCCUGUGCGGCUGCGCAAGGAGAAGCGGGGAAAGCUCCGGUGGAAGAAGCAGAGAACCUCAUUGGACUUGAUGAGGCCGCGGACAACGAUCCUCUGCAGCAUUACGUCGUCCUACAGGAGCAAAUUCGACGUAUACAGGAGGACCAAGCUCGCAUUCAGAGGAAGGAAGAGAAGGCAGAGGCCGCACAAGGUGAUGCUCAAGUGGUUGCUGGCAUGGAACUGACUGCGGCUCGAGAAGCCUGUCGAGGACACGCUUUAGAACUGCGGGAAGUGUGUCGUAGAUUGGCCGACAGACAUGAACAGAGCAUUGAAGCGGAACUGCAACUUCUGGAAGGACCGCGGACGCCGGAUGCCAAUGUGUUGGAAGUGCGGGCGGGACAGCUCCUGUCCAUGUUCCUUCCCGAGUCUUGGUGUUUGGCUUUCACGGAAUUUUUCUUCGGAGAUUGCUUACCUUUUGAUCAACGCAGACCUGUGCGGAUUGCGCCAAGAGCGCUCAUGGCAUGUCUUUUGAAAAGAGAAGAGUUGGAAUAUCACCUUGCAACAGACGCCGUUCCAUAUGCGGCGCGGCCAACGUCCAGGUGGGACAACGCGGAGGCAAAGGCCGAGGAUUUCCAGGCUCUGCAACGAUAUUCCACGCUGGGUCAGGCUUAUGCGAGUGCUGGCAACAGGGAUGGACCAGCCAUGAAAGCGCUGAAGCAUCUGCUGACCAGCACUGCUGUAGUCCCAUUGACAGAAGGGAACAAAAUGAAACUACGCCAUUUCGGACAUGCGAUGGACAUGACCUUCGGCCCGCUCAAAUUAUUUUUGACGUGUAAUUUCGCUGAUACCUACAUGCCUUUGACCAUGACAGUGUUCGACCCAAGCAAUAUGGAAAGACUGUGCGAGACUCAGUGGGAUCUCUUGGCAGAACGACCUCUUUUGCCUGCUUUACAGCACAUGCAUCGGGUCGUGGCCAGAUCGCCAGUGACGCAGGCCCGAGUGUUUUUGCUUAUGGAAGAAAUCAUUCUGACACAGAUCCUCGGCGUGCACUCAGCAUACAUCGGGCAACAUUGUUUCGAUGAUCCUGACAUGCCGUCGCGGUUGCGCGUGGCAAAAGAUGACCAUAUGGCGUCCAAUGCCUCUCUCGGCGUUGCCGAUUUUGUAGAAAGUUUGUUGACGCCGUUGGAGGCGCAGGGCCGUGGCUUUGCUCAUGGACACAAAAAGGUCAUUAGUCUGCCCAAUGAUUCUGCCGCCAAACUGCAGACAUUGUUUGCAAAGGAUGGCCUCGCAAUGCAAGCAGCCGUGAAACAGAUGCGACAACAGAUUGUGGACGCUGUGAGUGUGGUGCAGUAUGACACAGCAACGCUUCCUGCUCAACAACUUGGCGUCGCAGUUCCACCAGAACCUUUCUCGCGACAACAGCAAAGACACAGCCGCUUAGAUGGAGGCGUAGAAGAGUCCGGCGAUCAUCGGAUGCUUUUGGAGGUGACGGAAAGCGAACCGCCUGGACAUAUUGCGUUGGAAAAAGAAAAAGCUUCGCAAGAGCAGCGACCACCAAGACAUGGUUACAAGGAUGUACCGUUGACGGGCUGUCAUCAAUCUGUCAUGCCUCUCUAUCGCUUGCCGGGUGCUUUUGGAACUAUAUGCGAGCCAGAUGACCGGGGACUUUUCCGAGAGCCGCCGGCUGCGGUUGCGCGCCCAAGCAAGGACCAUCUGCUGUUGCGAUCAGAUGCGCAGCCGUGGGUUUUGGACGGUUGUCGUCGGGUCGUUGGUUUGCGGUUACCUACUGGACGUGUUGCGCAGUGGGAAGAUACGUGUGCAGAUGCAGAAGCUUGGGCAAGGGCAUUUGGAAAAGAUGUUCGAGGUCUCUUUUGUCAAAACCAUGACCACAACUGUGUCGCGACCUGUGCAAAAUAUGCUGCAAAACACAUGGGAGAUGAGACAGGCGCACCUCGGAAAACGAAGGCUUUGGAUCCUCGCUCCUAUUGUCGGUUUUUGUUUGUUCGUGUCGUGGAGCUGAAGGUCGGGGACAAGCUGAAGCGUUUACUGCGACGAGGGAAAGAAUUGGUUCGGAAAGCGAGUGUGUUUUACAGCAAUACUCGCAAUGAAUACGGACGCGUGCAAGUAGUUCGCAGACACCCCUUCAGAUCCACUUCCAAUGACCUGUGUCAAGCUUUUGCACGUUGUAAUGUGGAUUUGCAACGAAAUGAUCGUGUCGUACCAAGUGAGACGCCGGAGUUCAGCCUAGUCGAUUUGAAGCCUGUGCAGUUCUUCUAUGGACACGCUCGAUUGUCUGCGGAUGCGCGGCAUAUCCUCGCAUGUUUGGCAGAAGGGGUGCGAAGCUCGCACGUGUGCGAUUUCUACAUGACCAAAUAUCUCGCCAAGGGUCAGCAAGUUCUUGCAAGUGCCAUUACUCCUGUUCUGCACGGCUUGGAACGUUUGGAUGCAGAGAUUACAGCAGGGAAAAAGAUCUUGGGCACCACCGAGGACCUAGCGCGUGCCAAAUUGCGGCGGAUUUUGUUUAGCGCCAACCGCUCUCAUUGGUUUUCCUCUUGUGAGCUUGCAAUCUUCGUCCUGACUGGUGGGCACAGCGUUGCCACACACAUCGACCGUCCUUUGUUUUUGAGCAAGGUUUUUUACUUGCUGGAAGAAGGCAAACGCCUGUGGAACGGAGCACUGGCCGGCGAUUUCGUGCAAGAUGCGGCUCGUCCAGCUGAUGUGGACGUGGUACAUGUGGUUCCAUUGCCGAGAGAAUCCACCAAACGUUCUGCGGAGCGCAGUUCCUUGGAACAGGACGGUUGUCACUCCGAAGACAAGAAACGACGGAUUUCCGAGUCGAGGUCUACAGCCGCAAGUGGUGAACAUGUUGAAGGAGAUGGUGCGGUUGCGGUGGAUGCAUCAUGUCUUGAAGUUGCGAAGACUGGAGAUGAAGCAUGUGUGGGUGCACCGUGUUGUGAGCGCGUGGACAUGGAGCCGGAACAACCUGGUGUUCGGAUGUUUCGCGCCACUGCUUCAACCUUCGAUGAUUGGCUGCAUCGUGGAUUCUUCCUACAAGAUUUGAAUUUUCACAGUUAUGUCGCGUAUAUUGAAAUCGUUCCUCGCCAACAGGGUAAGUUGGGCGAUUGUUUCCUCUUUGAUGAGCAUUAUCUGAAAGCAAAAACCUACUGGCAGCGGUUGGCUCCUCGUAUGGCCGUGCCACGCGUGGUAGGCGCAGCUUGCAGUCGCACGGACGUAGGGAAUGGUGAAGAAAACGCUCGCUACAAGUUGACCCUGUUUGGAUUGAUGCGUUGUCCCGGAGUGGGUGCCUGUGCUGACCCUGUGAGUUUGGCUGCAGCCUAUGUGUGUAGCCAGCAGACUCAGGAUAUUCGAUUCUCUCCUGCUUGGCGUCUUCGACGCGCGGAAGUGGAAGUUUUGGCCACUGAAGCUGAUCGGAAAAUUCGCAUAGCGAAGAAGUUACCCACACUGGCAGAUACCACGACGUUUCGCUGUCUGGAAGGUAAAGGUUUCACUUGGUGUCACAUUUUGGUUUCCCAAGCUCUGUACCAUGGACAUAACAAACAUGUCUGCGUCGGAACGCAAAAUUUCCAGAAGCUUGUAGUCUGUAUUUCUGCUUAUUUGGCACCAGUCGCGGAUACAUUCGCGGCGGAACAGUUACAUCUGGCUGAGUUUGUUGCGCAUAGAACACGGGACAUGGUGUUCCGCUUGGACAUGCAUACAGAAGCUCGAAACACUGCCAUUCAGAUAGCCAAGGACAAGACGACCGCGAGUGUCGAAGAUGAUACCGCAUCUGUUCGUUCGGAUCAUCAACAGAUCAUGGUCGAGAUCGAAAAUGUCGGUGGUGAACCCGACGCUGUCGAAGAUGACCGAGUGGGUGAAGCGAACGUGGAGCGACCCAUGGCAGGAGGCAUUGAACUCAUGACGCUCCUGCCGCAGGACUGCUAUGAUCCAGAUGCCGUGCGAGCACAUCUGCUGCAUGUCUCAGAGUUGGAAUCCGCAAAGCAGCGUGGCACCCGGACUUCGGAUGCAGUGCGCUUCAUGUUGGAAGUGGAGAAAGCAUUGAACACAAAAGUGGCACUUUGCCAUGAACACUUUCCCGUGGAGGACUCUGGAGGAUGGAUGCCACAAGCGUCCGUUGAGCUUUUGUUGUCUGCUCAGCAACAACGUGUGGAGUUCUAUCGCAAAAUGGAUUCAGCAGAUGACGCAGCGGAGGAGGCGACCGUUGCGGUUGCACACGCAGAAGAAGAAGCGGUUGUGCGCUUGGUGGCGGCGGAUCUGCGACUGCGCGGUCCGGCGGCGGUGGCGAAAGUGUUGGCCGACAGAGCCACUUUGAACCGCGAUCAACUUGGCUUCGUCGCCAUUGUUGCAAAAAUUCUGCAAGAUGCCUUUGAAUCACUUCCGCCAAGUGGCGAUGGUAUGCUCGCCAAGGAUCGUGUUCUGUUGCGAUGUCUGCUGGUUGGAGGCGGUGGAUGUGGGAAGACUCGGAUCAUCAACAUGGUUUUAAGACCGUUGUUUGAAGCAGUCUUUGGUGAUGGUUCCAUGCAAGCGCAGGCGCCUUCGAACAAAGCCGCUCGUCAGAUUCAUGGCCGAACCAUGCACAGCGCAAACAAGCUGCGCAAAGAUUCAUCUUUGCGGACCGUGCAUUUGCGUGUUUCCGCAGAGACACGGAAGGCUUUGGAAUGCAACACUGUCCCGCUGGCUGCCAUCGUCAUCGAUGAAUUCUCUCAAUGCAUUGGUCAGAUGCUGCAUGCGGAUGCGCUGCGGAAGUCUUAUGGUCGGCAAAGGGCCCUGGGGCUGGAGCUUCAUCGUUAUGCGGAAUUGGACGAGAGCUGGGGGCGUAUGCCGGUGGUCGUCAUUUCUGGGGAUGAACUGCAAUUACCUCCUGUUCCUUUUUCGCAUUCCUUGCUUGCCAGUGUGGAUGGAACCAGCGAUGAACAUAAAGCCGGCGUGCAUCUCUUCGGUCAAUUCCGUUAUGUGUACCGCCUGCAGACGGCCAUGCGUUUCCAGGAUCCAGUUUUGGAAUGUAUCCUGAGGAAAAUGCGAACUCCGGGUGGUGCGUUGUUGACGCAGAGCGAAUGGCAGGCGUUGGUGAAUACCAACAUCAGUGGAUCCGGCGACAGCGCUCGCUUGUCCGGCACUGAGCAUUUUUUCCAAGCUUGCUACACUUGGUCUGUGGUUAGCAUGGCCUAUACCAUUCGCAGUUUUGAAUCAGCAAAAGCAGCGGGCAAGACCUUGUAUGCCACUCGUGCUGUUGACAUGAUCCAAAAUCUGCAGGCCGACAAAGCUGCUGCUAUCGCCCGGGCUGUGGUUGCGCACCCAAACAUGAACGAGACCGGACGGCUUCCUCACUAUGGUCUCUAUCACGUUGGUAUGGAAGUGCGCUUCACUCAGACAGUCGCUGCUCCUCAUGUGGUGGUAGAUACAAUUGGAAUCAUUCGGGGUUUUGCGUUUGCUUCGGAGGAUCGGAGUCGCACUGAUUUGCAUGCAUCUUUCGUCGUUUUGCGACGCUUUCCGGAAGCUAUUUAUGUGGAGCUGCAAGAUGUGCCGCAGAAAUUUCUGCCCGAUGAAGCCUGUCUUGAACAUACACCGCACAUGGACGCCGAGUGUGCUGCAUGCUUGCGGAUGCGUGGCGUGUUUUUGGUGCGACCAUUUACGAAUCAACAAGGUUGGUCGCUGAAAGUGACGAUCCCUGGAUCCCUUGCUACUGGUACAGAAGAAGAGAUCUCUGUCAAGAUUCGUAGGACGCAGAUUCCGUUGGUGACUGUGAAAGCCAGUACUUUGCAUGUGUUGCAAGGUACAACGACAGAUCCUGGUUUGAUCUUUCAUUGGCGCUUCCCUCGUCGACUCCAAGCAGACAUGAGGUGGUUGGCUGCAUAUGUGGCCUUGUCACGUGUGCGCUCCUUGGAUCGUCUGCGAUCUGUCGGUCUCGACAAUAAGAUUCGUGCCAUCUUGGAACAAGGACCUCCAAAUACUUUGCCUGCCGCCGCGCGACACGGUCGGUUUGUGGUCCAAGUAAAGUUUCAAAAGGUGGAAGAGUACACAUAUACCCGGCAAGGCGCGCCGACCAAGGGAAAGCGGUUGCACGUGCUGUUUGCUAGCGCGGAAGAAGGUGCAUAUGUGUCUGGUCGCAUGGUCAUGUGGCAACAGAAGUCUGGCGAGUUGGAAGCUGCGGCUGCGCGCUUCCAGGUGGGUUUGCACUUCGAAAUGAAAUCUGUCGUCUUUCUCCAGAAAGAGGUAGCCGAAUAUAUUCACACUCCGUUGAAAGUGGUUCUGGAUCUGCGACAGACUCACUUCGAUUCGGUUCUACAGGGACAAUUUCCCAACUUUUGCCUGGGCCCACCGACACGUCUGAAAGACAUUCUGGAGUUAACAGAUGGUCGACAACGCUUCGAUAUCACGAGUCUCGUGCGGCUGCGCGGAGACCCGCGUACCGUAACCACCCGGCAGGGUCAACGUGUGGCGCAGGACAUCGUGCUUCGAGACGAGUCUUGUGUGCAAGACGGACAUCGGGCAGAGAUCACCACGUCCAUUUUCGCGGAAUCACAAGCGAAACUGGAAGAAUUUAUUGCUUUGAAUCUGGAAAAGCCGUUGACUUUCUUUGGCUUCGAUGUGCAAGUCCGUGGUGCUGAAAUCAAGGUCACUCCAUCUUUUCAAGACUUUCGCUGUGAAGUGGCUGUCUCCGUCCGUGCGGCUGCGCAGGACGAAAGACAGAACGAGAUUUGGAAGGAAGCAGGGCAGACGCUGACGCAUGAAUGGCAGCCCUCGGUUUCUACGGACUACUCAAGCAAAGAAGGCUUUUUAUCCUUUUGUGCUUUGCUGGAUGCUUAUAGCCAACAAGACGCAGCUGCCUUGCAUGGCAAGUUGUUUCAACUCAACAACAUCCAUGUGCCUUACCCACCGGAGCACCACACGGUGGAACGACGUGUGUUUUGGUCCACACGGAUUCGAGAUUGUAGCGGCAGCUUGGAAGUCGCCAUUCGACAAAAGGCAGCCUGCCAGCUCGCCAAAAUCGAUACAGCUGAUCACGAGAAUGCCGUCAUGGAGUUCAAUAGUCAGCAUGGCGGUGACCUGUUAUCGUGGCCUUUGCUUGCCAGUGUCAAGAUCUUGGUCACACUUCGUGGUGACAAUGACUCUGGUGCCACACAGGCGACUGACAGCGUCUCCACGACGAGUUCCUCGAAGCGGAUGCGCUUCUUAGUUGUGGAAGCUUCGGAGCAGGACCUGCAAGCGACGCCCACAAAGGCUGUGCUGGCCGUUGUUCAUGCCUUGAGCCAUGUGCCGUGCAGCGGAGACGCGUUUGCGGCUGCAUUGCUGUCGCAAUUGACCAAGAAUAGUUUUGGCGUUUUUCAAGUGCAGCCAGAGGUUGUGGUAGCGCACCUGGAGACUGGUGCCUUGGAACGCCACGCUAAACGUCGCCGGGUUACUUGUGCGAAGGCCUUGGUGAUGCUUCUUUCGAAAGAACGGACGCAGCAAGAAGCGUUGGGCUCAGACAGUUAUGGCAUUCGGUUGGUGACCAAGAAUGUUCGCGACGCUUUGGCUCCAGAUGCAGGCCCUGUGACUGUGGUGGCAUAUUGUCAGCGACAUGCUUUGAAGGAUUUCAUUUUGGAUCCUCCACGGACUGGAACCAAAACCCAAUACGCUCUGGCAUUGAUCUCCGAUCUGAGCACUACAUCAAGUGAAACCACAUAUGUGGUGGAACAAUUGCAGUUGCUGCAAGAAGGCGAUGCAGAAGCUGCAAUGAUAUGUCUGCGGCGUUUGGAGCAACUGACUGCCUUGAUCGCUUCUCGUCAACAGACGUCGGAUCCCCUACCAGCCUGGACGGACACAUUGGCGGAGAGUGCCUCCCGCAUCGCUUGUCCACGCAUCUCGGCCUAUCCCGCAGGGGACACAUGGGAGAGUCCAGUGAAGGCGUCCCAGGAGGUACCGUUCACGACCGCUGACACCCCGGGCACAGGCUAG